AUGUGUAGAGCCAUCUGGGGCACCGGAAAUAAUGCUUCCGAAACGAGAUUAGGAGGAAAAAGGUCAUGUGGCCGAGAAGAUGGGGCACGCAGUACAGACCACCUGUUUGCAAUGGGGACCAGCUUUGGCCUUAAAAUAAAACAGGGUCUGUUACCUAGCUUGGAAGAUUUGCUCUUCUAUACAAUUGCAGAAGGACAAGAGAAAAUACCUGUUCAUAAAUUCAUUACAGCACUCAAAUCUACAGGAUUGCGAACGUCUGAUCCCAGGUUGAAAGAGUGUAUGGAUAUGUUAAGAUUAACUCUUCAAACAACAUCAGAUGGUGUCAUGCUAGACAAAGAUCUUUUUAAAAAAUGUGUUCAAAGCAACAUUGUUUUGUUGACACAAGCCUUUAGAAGAAAGUUUGUCAUUCCUGACUUUAUGUCUUUUACUUCACACAUUGAUGAGUUAUAUGAGAGUGCUAAAAAGCAGUCUGGAGGAAAGGUUGCGGAUUAUAUUCCUCAGCUAGCCAAGUUCAGUCCUGAUUUGUGGGGUGUGUCUGUUUGUACAGUAGAUGGACAGAGACAUUCUAUUGGAGAUACCAAAGUUCCAUUUUGUCUUCAGUCCUGUGUAAAACCUUUGAAAUAUGCCAUUGCUGUUAAUGAUCUUGGAACAGAAUAUGUGCAUCGAUAUGUUGGGAAAGAGCCAAGUGGAUUAAGAUUCAACAAACUAUUUUUAAACGAAGAUGAUAAACCACACAAUCCUAUGGUAAAUGCUGGAGCAAUUGUUGUGACUUCAUUAAUAAAGUUACCCUUGACCUGAAGAUCUGGCAAAAAUUCAAAAAGAAGUCUCUGCUGAAUAAUAGUCAAAGAAGUUUUUCUUCUUAAAGUUUAAGAUUUUUUUCUUACUCUUCUUUUUGGCUCUUCUAAAUGAACAGAUGUAAACAGAAGUAAUAGCGUUUUACUGUUUGAUGUUUCUCAUCAGCAUAUGUAGGAACAAAUGCUCUGGUACUUUGUUUUACAACAAAGUACAUUUACCCUUGACUAGUCUCAAGUCCUUUAUACUUUCAUGAGCUGUAAUCACAAUUUUCACUUGAACUUGUUUCCUUGAAUCAUAUAUAAUAACUAAAAUAAAUAAACUUAUUCCAAUUAUUAAGUUAUAUUAUUUUCACUACUCUUCUUCGGUUUACAUUGUAUGUUUUGAUUUUUGUUGUUGUUGUUAAGUGUUUGGUUUGCCUUAAUAAUUGGAAACACUAAUGUUAUUUUGAAAUAAGUAUUUGAAAAUGAGUCUAUUUUGUGAUACUGUUUAGUUUUAAAUUUCCAAAAAGUUUUAUUUCUAUUCAAUUAUGUUUCAUUUGUGUUUGGAACAUUUAUAUACUUUCUUCAGUAAACCUGUGCAUAUGUAUUCCAUGCUUGAAAAAAACAUAACUACAUGGCUUUGUAUAUGCUUUACUGAGGAUGGGAUACCCUGGUUACACAAAGAAUAUUUGAACAUAAAUUAUACCCUUGGCCCAAUUAAUAAAAAUUCACCCAAUUUGUAUACUAGAAAUUUUCUCUUAACUUUCUUGAAUUUUUUUUGUUCAUGAGAAAAAGCCUUUAAAAUGAAUAUAAAUGUUGUUAUUUUAGGGCAAAUGCUUCAUGAGCACUGGCCCACUUUAUCCUUGUAACUCUAGUGAGGUAGAUAGUAUAGCCAAGUAUUAUUUUUUAAUGUAACUAGUUGUUUAGGCUAGGAAAUUUUCAUUUUGCCCAUUAUAACAUUUAGUUAUUCAUGACUAUUUUACAUAAGAGAAAAGUUGUCAGUUUGAGGUGAAUGACACUAUUUGUUUAUUAUAGAAAAUUAUAAUAUGAAUAUGUGCUAGGCAUACUCAUGCCUUCAGGUAGCUUACAGCAUAGUAUAGGAUAUACACCAGUAAAAGGGCCCUUAACAAUGAAAUUCAAUAAAUACUGCGAUGAAGGAAAAGCUCAUUAAUAAUUAUUCAGCUUGAACAAGUAACUUAAAUUAGAAGUAAGGAAAGUUAUGGUAAUCUCUUGUGUGUGUUAGUACUUGGUGAGAAAACCACUAGAAUGGUUCUGAACCUUUUUGGGGUCUUCCUAGAAUAUAUAUUCAUAUAUCAUGAUUUUAUGUAAACUGUAGGAAGUUCACGACCCUUUAAAGCUGAUUCAUGGAUCCCAGUUUAAGAACUCUUAACACUAGAGAAAGAUUAACAUGGCACACCAAUAGUAUUUUCAUGAAAGGGCAUAUGUAAAUGAUUGAUAGAAGUCUUGCUUAACUGCAUGCAGUUAAACAUCUUUUGUUUAAUGAUUCAUAGGCUUAGUAUACUACACUGAAAUGCUGCACGUGGGAAAUGCAUGUCUGGUUAAUCAUAUCAUUACUUCAUUAGUGUCACCACCAGGUUUAGUCACAAGCCAUAAACUAUACUUUGAGCCACAUUAACAUGAGUACUUAGAAACAGUUAAAAAAACACACAUACACACCAUAAGUGUUGCUCAGUGUCUGACUCUACAAACCUUUAACUGAGUCAUCUUGUUACAAAUUUGAUCAGUGAUUUUAAAUUUAUAAAAUUUUAAAUUUACUGACAAAAUUGGAAAUGGGCUUUGGGGUAUGGUUCAUAUUUAAGGUGACUUUCCUUGAGUUUUUUUGUUUGUUUUAUUUUUAGAAGGUGUUUCACAAGUUUUCGGUCUUUUUUUUUUUUUUUAAUGUUCUUCUCUGUUUUGGAGGGGUAAGCCUGACAUACCUCUGUAUAAAACUGCCCCAGGAUGUAAUACUUUUCUUAGACUCUCAAAAAGAAGUUCAAAACUUUCAGAAAUACUUAUCUGUGAUCUCUGCACAUUGUAUGAUCACAUCAUAUUUGUGAAUUGGUAGUUGAAGUAGUAAGACCAUAGCUGAAGAGGUUUUCAAACCUAGCCCUCUUACUGUAUAUGUAGAUGCAAUGAGGAAAUGGAAUGGAUCGUUCCAGUAGCAGUAGAAUUGGGCUUGAUCUGGGUCUCCCGAUUUUCUGUUUGCUGCUCAUUAGAAUUCACUCUGCCAUUUUUAUGUAGGUAUUUGCUGUUUCUCUUGAUAACAUUUUGUCUUUACCUAACAUAGUUAUAUUGUCCAAUCAGCAGAAAUUUUAUUUUCUUUCUUUCACCUUUUUUUUAUUGAGUUAUAGUCAUUUUACAAUGUUGUGUCAUUAUUUUCUUAAUUUUAACUUAUGCGAAAGAUAACAAUUUGUUUCCUUAAAAGUCAGUUUAAUUUUCAGUGAGAAUAUGUAGUCAUUCUUUGGGCACUAGUCAGUGCUUGCUGUCUGUAAGGAACUAGGCUUCUUCUCAAGGAGCUUGUGCUUUGAGUAUCUGAAGUGUGGUUAUUUUACCAUGGCUACUAGGUGUAAAUUCUGUGUUUUAGCUUUUAAUUGAUGACCUUAAGGCUAUUUUUUUUUCUUUCAAAAUUCAAGACUUUAUUAUGGUGCUAUUAAAACAUCCUCCUCAUGUUAUUCCCCCUCCCACACAGACACACAACUUUAGUAGAGUCUUUAGUAAGACUCUUUGUUUCAUAAUUUUGUAGUAUUGAUAUUUUUUCC